CCUACAAGAAUGACAUAUGUUGGCCAGGGCUGUUUCUUCAAGCCCAGCGAUAUCGCAAUGUCGUUCCACGAAUUCUAGGGACGGUCGAAGUCGUUUAGGUCGUCAAUAGAGCAGGACUUCUUAGCACUAGCUUGGCAUUUCAUGCACCCUAGCAAUUCGUAUUUCCAUUUCUAGCAUCAGAUUUGCUCUUAGAAGUUGCUUGAAGAACAGGACGGCGUCCACAUUUAGGUGCAUAUUACAUGAACAUCGAGCACGUCGCACAAGAACCAUCGAUAUCAAAAUGGUGUCCCACCCUGCUCAACAUCAUUAUCCAUUGGUCAAAUUACCGCACCCAUUUUUGACCUCAUAUCGAGUCUGCGCUAUCGAGGGGAGCCAUCCAACCAAGCUUACCUUGACACUUCAAGACCAGCCAACUAAUGGCCGGUCGCCUCCAGAAUUGUUGCAUUCCAGCUCGCUGACAUGGCUUGAACUGAAAUCGCGGCGCGCCUCUGAGCUUCCUCCGCUCUCCGACAACAGCGCGUGGGCCAGAGCAUAUAGAAGCCCAGGAACAGUUUUUGAAUGGACGGAGGAAGAGCCAGCAUCGCUUGCUCAGAUAUGGAACGUGGUUCACGCUAUCUAUCUGGCCCACCCUUUGCACGAGUAUUUCCGGUUGACACUGAGCGGGAAUGGCAAGGAGAUUAUCAGAAAAGAGUUGCUCGCGACAGGCCUUGCCAUUGAGCAUCCUAGGCCAUGGUAUCCCAAUGAAAAGACUCCUGUCAACGAAGAUGAGCUUCUCGUCCUCCGGAGCUCGUUCUGGCAAGGAGCAGCAUCCCCAUUUGGUCCACGUCCUAUCUGGGUCAUCGGCGAGGGCACCGAUGGCGAGUUAAGGAAGCCGCUGUCUCAAUAUCCUAUCAUGCCCGAGAACCACUGCCUGACCAUGAAGUUUCCCAAGGAAGCCGUGUACACUAGGCACCCUGUUCGCCGGCCGAAGCCGUCUCCUGGUUCGAUCUGCUACAGUCGCUACAUCCCGGAGCUGGACGAGCAUUUCUCUCUUGAGGUUGUCGAUUGGCAGAACCUGGAUCACCUGAAGCUCUUCAACAAAUGGCAGAAUGACCCUCGCGUUGCCGCAGGUUGGAAUGAGAGGGGAACGUUGGAGGAGCAUCGAAAGUAUCUUCACAAGCUUCAUUGCGACCCGCACGUGUUGUGCUUGUUUGGCCGCUUCAAUGAUUCGCGCUUUGCCUAUUUUGAAUUAUACUGGGCAAAGGAAGAUCAUUACGGCGCACAUUAUAACGCUGGCGAUUACGAUCGUGGACGUCACUCGCUUGUCGGUGACGAGGCUUUCAGAGGAGCAAAGAGAGUCAACGCGUGGUACUCCAGCUGCAUUCAUUAUGUUUUCUUGGACGAUCCGCGAACGGCAAAUGCGGUAGGCGAGCCGAAAGCAACUGGAGGAACGAUUUUGUCAUACGAGAAUUCACAGGGUCUGACGAUCGGCAGCUACGUCGACUUGGGACACAAACGGUCUGUGCAUUCUAUCUGUAGUCGAGAGAAGUGGUUUCAGCUUUGUCCGUUGUUUUGGGAUGGACGAGAACGACCGUUGGAGUCUGCAGAUCGAGCGGCUUGGAAUGCGGCCCAGGUCGCAAAGCUUUGAUUAUUUUUUUACUUGCUGAAUUGUACGAUAAUAUCUAUAGAACGCCUAUUUUUGCAUUAUUCAGCUACCGUUUGAUGCAUGACAUUUAUUCUGUAG